AUGGCUUCCGCACGCUUCUUGUGUUCUACCUCUAUCAUUCUCUUGUCCCUACUAGUUAUUGCCUCUGCUACCGAUUAUGGAUAUGUCCCAAAACCAGACUACGGGAAUCCCAAACCCGAAGAUAAUAAGCCCCUCCCCUCAAAACCUGACUUUGAGAAACCAGAACCCGAAGGAAAGGAUUACAAGCCACUUCCCACAAAGCCAGACUUUGAGAAACCAAAACCCGAAGAGAAUGAUUAUAAGCCUCUUCCUACAAAACGAGAGUACUUCGAGAAACCAAAACCGGAAGGAAAUGAUAAACCCCUCCCCACAAAACCAGAAUAUGAGAAACCAGAUCUUGAUGGAAAGGAUGAGCUACUUUCAUCGCUCAUUGGUAUUCAAGGGCUUGUGUUAUGUAAAUUAGGCUCCAAGUAUGUUCCACUCGAAGGAGCCGUGGCAAGGAUAACAUGCAAAGCUGUUGAUGAGAGAGGGUACGAGAAAGUUCCCUUAUCCAUAUUGAGCAAUGAAUGCGAUGCAAAGGGUUACUUCCUGGCAACAUUAUCUUCUUCCUUUCUUAAGGAAAACUGGAAGAUAAAAGAAUGCAAGGCAUUCCUAGAACAUUCUCCCCUGAAAACAUGUAAUGUUCCUAUUGAUGUUAACCAUGGAAUCACUGGUGCUCUCCUUUCGUCUUACCGCAUUCUCAACGACAAUCAUAUGAAGUUAUACUCUGUGGGUCCUUUCUUCUACACCUCUGAAACUCAGUCACUCCCUAAUGGUUAUUAG